AUGGCCUCUCCCCCCAAGUCUCUUGGGGAGGUGAACAACAUCUCCGUGCAUUCAAAGCCUACUGACAGCGUCACGGUGUCUCUCCUCCCGGAGAAAGCUGUUGUUAUUUCUUACCAGUGCAUCCGUCUAAUUCGCACAACUCUCGAAGAAGAUCCGACAGCUCUGAACGACUGGCACUCCUCUUCGUUCCUCCCGGUGACUAUCAAGGUCUCUGGACUUCUCGUUCAGCCACUCAACCCCGCU